GUUUCGUCAUUUUGAACCAUCAUGGCGGCACAUAUUUUUUCUACCUUCCCAGCAUCUGCAAGAUGCUUGUUGGCGUUUGUCCCUUUAAGUUAUGUUCCUGCUUUACGAAAUACAUGUCAGGCAAAAGGCUGCUUGAGCUGGCGGAAGCACUUUUCCACGGCGACUUCUUGCAGAAGUGUGGCCCAAUACGAACGCCUGGUUCAGUGUGGAUCUUUGAAGGAAGAUGCUCUGCAGCGGCAUGUUCUCCAGCGCCUGGAGCACCUGCAGAAGUCUCUGCAAAACUACAAUAACAAACCCUACGUGAGCCCACCUCCCGUCCGAAUACACCCUGACUGUGAUAAGAUCAAUCAGGAAGAAAACACUUCUCCACCCCCGCCGAAAGGCUUCUAUAUCUAUGGAGAUGUUGGUACAGGGAAGACAAUGCUCAUGGAUCUUUUUUUCUCGGGGGUGUCAAGCAGUCGUAAAAUGAGAGUCCACUUCAAUGGCUUCAUGUUGGACGUCCACAAAAGGAUCCACCGGUGGAAACAAAGCCUGCCGAAACGAAAGCUGGGCGACAUGUUCACCUACGACCCCAUAUCGCCGGUCGCCAUGGAGAUCUCCCGUGAAACUUGCCUCUUGUGUUUUGACGAGUUUCAGGUGACCGAUAUCGCAGAUGCCGUUAUCCUAAAGCAGCUUUUUGAAGCGUUAUUUCGGACCGGAGUGGUGGUCGUGGCGACCUCCAACAGACCCCCUGAUGAUCUCUACAAAAACGGACUUCAGAGGGACACCUUUUUACCUUUCAUCGCAGCGCUGAAGGAGAGCUGCCACACCGUCUGCCUGGACUCCGGGGUGGACUACAGGAUGCAGCACAAGACCACGGGAGGGAAACUCUAUUACCUGACAGGAGAGCCUGACGCAAACACAGUCUUGGACGCAAUGUUUGAAGAGCUGGCCUUUUCACAAAAGAGCCUUACAGGUCCUCAGGUGCUCAGUGUUCUGGGAAGAGAAGUGACGCUGGAGAAGACCUGUGGCUCCAUUGCAGACUGCACUUUCCAUGAGCUGUGUGGUCGAUCCCUUGGUGCCAGCGAUUACCUGGAGAUGGCGCGGCUCUUUGACACGGUGUUCAUUAGACACGUCCCCGUGCUGACGCUGGCCAUGAAGGACCAAGUGAGGCGCUUCACCACCCUCAUCGACAACUUCUACGAUAAAAAGGUGAGAGUGGUGCUGCAGGCUGCGGUGCCUUUAGAGCAGCUGUUUGUCCACACUGGAGGGGAUGAUGAGCGGGACCAGCAGCUUCUGGAUGACUUGGGCCUGAGUCAGGAGGCAGCGGGGCGUCUGGCACUUUUCACCGGCGAGGAGGAGACCUUUGCCUUCCACAGAACUAUUUCUCGCCUGACGGAGAUGCAAGCGGAGACGUACUGGAUGGAGGGAGAUCGCGGCAUCGGGAAGACACGCCGCCAUACUUAGGUGCCAACCUAAUAACUCUACUGCAGGGGUGUCAAACUCAUUUUAGAUGCGGGGGCCACAUGGAGAAAAAUCUACUCCCAAGUGGGCCAGACUGGUAAAAUCACGGCACGAUAACUUAAAAAUAAAGACAACUUCAGAUUGUUUUCUUUGUUCAAAAAUAGAACAAGCACAUUCUGAAAAUGUACGAAUCAUAAUUUUGUCGGGGUUAUAUACACUUACCGUAUUUUUCGGACUAUAAGUCGCAGUUUUUUUUAUAGUAUUUUUAUACUCAGGAGCAAAUUAUGUGUGAAAUUAUUAACAGAUUACCGUAAAUUAUCAAAUAAUAUUAUUUAGCUCAUUCACGUAAUAGACUAGGUGUAUAUAAGGAUUUAUCGAUUAGGAGUGACAGAUUGUUUGGUAAACGUAUAGCAUGUUCUAUAUGUUAUAGUUAUUUGAAUGACUCUUACCAUAAUAUGUUAGGUUAACAUACUAGGCACCUUCUCAGUUGGUUAUUUAUGUGUCAUAUAACGUACACUUAUUCAGCCUGUUGUUCACUAUUCUUUAUUUAUUUUAAAUUGCCUUUCAAAUGUCUAUUCUUGGUGUUGGGUUUUAUCAAAUAAAUUUCCCCCAAAAAUGCGACUUAUAUGUUUUUUCCUUCUUUAUUAUGAAUUUUCGGCAGGUGCGACUUAUACUCCGGAGCGACUUAUACUCCGAAAAGUAGGGUACAUGUUGCGGUUAAUUCUACGCUUUCUUUAUUUUGUCGUUAUUUAUACUUUCUGAAUAAUUUAUAUGAUAAUAUUGUAUUUAUGUUGCAAUUGCCGUUUUGGCGUCAUAUGCUCUGUUAUUUGUUUAGAUCAGGGGUGUCAAACUCAUUUUAGAUGGUGGGGGCCACAUGGAGAAAAAUCUACUGUCAAGUGGACCGGACUGGUAAAAUCACGGCACGAUAACUUCAAAAUAAAAACAACUUCAGAUUGUUUUCUUUGUUUAAAAAUAGAUUAAGCACAUUCUGAAAAUAUACAAAUCAUAAUGUUGUUGGGUGUUUUUUACACUUACAUGUUUGUGUUAUAUUUUUAUUUGUUGUUAUUUAUACUUUCUGAAUAAAUUAUGUGAUAAUGUUCAUCAGUCAACUCAUUGGUGUUAAUUUUCAAUCUAUCAAAAUAAAAAAUAAAAAAUGUCAAAAUCUAAUUACAGCAGGCCCUGCUAUGAGGUGGCGACUUGUCCAGGGUGUACAUCGCCUUCUGCCCGAUUGUAGCUGAGAGAGGCAUCAGCGCCCCCCACGACCCCAAAGGGAAUAAGCGGUAGAAAAUGGAUGGAUGGAUAGUUACAGCAAGUUAUUUAUGUAAUUUGCUCAAUUAUCCGCAACUGGUGCACUAACAUCAUGUGGUUUAAUUUUUAUUUUUUCCACAUAUGUAGCAUCAUCUACAGCAGGGGUGUCAAACUCAAAUACAGAGUGGGCCAAAAUUUAAAACUGAACGAAUCCGCGGGCCGAGGUUGAACAAAUUAAUCCUUUAAUAGGAACCCAAACAAGUUUUGCAAUGAAUAUUGACCAAGCAAGGCUUAUAUAACUUUAUAGUGACAUGCAAAAUCGAGUUUUAAAUAAUAAUAAUAAUAAAAAAAUAUCAAUGGCAUAUCAAAUCAAAUAAAAAUACAAAUUGAAUGCCUCUUUUCGGCGGCGGGUUUGAGUUGGGUCGGGGAUUGGUGGUAGCUGGGGUGUAUAUUGUAGCGUCCCGGAAGAGUUAGUGAUGCAAGGGGUUCUGGGUAUUUGUUCGGUUGUGUUUAUGUUGUGUUACGGUGCAGAUGUUCUCCCGAAAUGUGUUUGUCAUUCUUGUUUGCUGUUGGUUCACAGUGUGGCGUAUAUUUGUAACAGUGUUAAAGUUUUUUAUACAUCCACCCUCAGUGGGACCUGUAUGGCUGUUGACCAAGUAUGCCUUGCAUACACUUGUGUGUGUGUAUGAGCCGCAUAUAUUAUGUGAGUGGGCCGGCACGCAUUUUGUAUGGAGGAAAAGUGGACGUGGCGACAUGUAGAGAACGCCAAAGGCAGUGCUUUUACGGCCCGCCCCCAAUAUUAUUGUCCGGGUGGAAAUCGGGAGAAAUUCGGGAGGGGCACUGAAUUUCGGGAGUCUCCCGGGAAAAUCGGGAGGGUUGACGAGUAUGAGUAUUAGUGGUGAAUGCGGUGUUACAGUGGCGGGCCAGCUCUAAUGUUAAUUUGAUAUUGCCUCAAGGGCCAAAUGAAAUUACACGGCGGGCCACAUUUGGCCCGCGGGCCAGAGUUUGACACCCAUGAUCUACAGAGAUACAAAAAAUUGCUAUAGCGACAUCCAGUGGACACAUUUAGAACAGCAGGUUCUUUCAUUCAAAAAUGUCGACCACUUGUUAUACUCAUCCUGCGGGCCGGAUAAAACUGUUCGCGAGCCUGAUUCGUCCCGCGGGCUGCACGUUUGACACCCCUGCUCUCCUGCGUAUAAGCAACAUGUUACCUCAAACCAGGCGUCCGUCACUGCAAGAGCUAAAAAAUUAAUAAAUUUUAAAAAUGCUGUAUUUCCUCACAUAUAUUGAUGGGAGGUGGGUUAUUUACUGAACCACAGAGAGUAACAGACUUGUAUGAAGAGUAUAUUACACACAUGUAUGACACUCAUUAAAAAUAUUUAUAUAUUUCAA